UUCUCCAAUCGUCUUCCGCUUCCUCUCGAGGUCAACUGCUCUUCGCCAUACUCUUCCAAACUUCUCAGAUCGAAGGUCAGUGCUUUGAAGAUAUCGUUAUUGAAAGCGUUUUGUGUUUUGAAGAUAUUGUUCUUCGUCAUACUCUGCAGAUGAUUGAUGAUCAAGAUCUGGGUUUCUUUGCCAAUUUCCUUGGCAUCUUCAUCUUUGUACUUGUGAUAGCUCACCAUUUUGUUAUAGCUGAUCCAAAGUAUGAAGGGAACUAGGGUACUGUGUGGUUGUGAUUUUGAUGUUGUAGACUUGGCUAUUUUUCUAAUGGAAGUUAAGUUGAUAUAGAUAGGAACGUCAUUUUUACCAUGUGAUGCGAGUUUACUGCUAUAUCAUAUCAAAGACUUCAUUAACACUAGAUGAAUUUGCUAAAUGAAUAUUUUGUUCAAAAACCACUUUGAAUGAUUAUUGAUUAGCUCUGCUCACUGUUGCUGUGCUCGUUCUUCUCUGCUCACUGCUAGUACUCUGAAUUUUCACUACAUUGUUGUGCUUUUUGUGCUCAGUGUCUUUAAUUCAAUGAAGGAAUAGAUGAACUGAAUUAACUCAAUUAACUAGAUCAAGAUGAGCAGAUGAUGGAAUAUUUGUUAUUGGUUUGGUUAAUUCAAUGAUUUUUUUUUUCUGUGACUAUUUUAAUGAGUUCAAUAGUGAUAUAAUGACUAAUGAAUGAUAAAUGUUAAUCAUUGAUGAGAUCAAAGGUUAUAUUAGAUUCAUUGACACUAGAUGAAUUUGCUAGAUGAAUAUUUUGUUCAGAAACCACUUUGAAUGAUUAUUGAUUAGCUCUGCUCACUGCUGUGCUCGUUCUUCUUUGCUCACUGCUAGUACUCUGAAUUUCACUACAUUGUUGUGCUUUUUGUUUUUAAUUCAAUGAACGAAUAGAUGAACUGAAUUAACUCGAUUAACUAGAUGAGCAGAUGAUCGAAUAUUUGUUAUUGGUUUGGUUAAUUCAAUGUUUUUUUUUUUUUUGUGACUAUCUUAAUGAGUUCAAUAGUGUGAUAUAAUGACUAAUAAAUGAUAAAUUGUUAAUCAUUGAUGAGAUCAAAGGUUAUAUUAGAUUUUGGUUAGAUGUAGUGCUUUAAAUUUGGAAGAAAUUUUAAAGUUUAUAUUAGACUAUAAUUAUGUUUUAGUGUAUUAUUUAUAAUUUAUUUAUUAUUUUAUUAUAAAACGGUUUUUUUGGCUAGACCACGGUUGAACUGGUUGGACAAGUGAACCAAUGACUAGAACGGUUCAAUGAUUGGUCUGGUUUUUAGAACCUUGGUAAUGAGACAAGCACCUUUAUGAGUUUAAAUGUUUUCAUGAUUUGACACUGGAAAUGAAAAUAUAAUUGUCUACUCUUUCUAUAAUAGAUGUAGGAUAUUGAACUUAGUGAGAAUAGAUUUACAUUUACUGAUGAUCGGUCAAACGAAAUUGAAAUGCUUGUUUAUUUGUGUGGUUUGUGUU